AUGUCCGACUACGAAGAGGUUGACGCCCCCGUCAAAAUGCAGAAGCUCUUAGCAAUCCCAAAGUACCCCGACCAGGUCAUCCUCCCGCGGCCGCCGAUCCCGCCGCCGCCCAUGAGUCACAAAACUCUUCGUCAAGUGUGCGACAAACUCCUCACUGUUGAACCAUUUAGCGUCACAAAGAGCCCAGCCGUGUGUCCCGUCGGUGCUGGUCCGAAUGAACUCUACACCGUCAAGCCAUACUGGUGGAACGAAGGAGGGAAGUGGGUCCGCAAGGACGGGCACAAGAACCCUGACUCCAAACUCCCCCAGGCGCAAAAUCAGUUACACGAGGCCUCAAGGGCGAUCCAGGCGCUCGCGUUCGGCGCAACUUGCCUCCCUCAAGCCGAAGCGUACACCGCCAAGGCCAACCAGCUGCUUCAAGUCUUCUUCCUUGACCCGGCCACCAGAAUGGUCCCAGAGGUCAACUACUCGCAGUGUAUCCCCGGCCAGGGCGGAGACAAGGCGUUUGCCAUUGCACUCCGAUACAUCGUCCUCGUCGACCAGGCACUCAGUGUGCUCCAGAUGCCAAACGAGAUCGCCGACGGUAUGCGCCAGUGGCUCACCGCCCAGGCCAAGUGGAUGGCCGAGGGCGAGCAGGGCAAGAGCGCCCGUGAGAGCGCCAAUAACAUCACCCUGUGGUACCACGCCAUUUACGCCUCCCACCUCUCCAUCAUCGACCCCGGUAACGCUGCGGCCUACGUCCAACAGACGCUUGCGGCCGAACACAAGGACCCCGCAAAAUUCUUCGCCCCAGAACUCGAGCGUACCCGCAGGCGACACUACACUCUCUUCUCCCUUGAAGCUGUGUUCUUGAUUGCUGCAGCGGCUGGUGUCCCCGACGCCGGCGUUCAGCAAUGGCUCGCAACACUAGUUGCGUUUGCCAAGACGGUGACGUGCGGCCAAAUCGAGGUCGACAUUGAUGCCGACCAGCGCUUCAAUGCCAAGGUCGCGUACUUUGACCGCCAGCUGUUGCGUUGGGGAGGCCAGCCUGUUCCGGAGUGUGACCCCGACGGGUCAGGUUGGAUCGGCGGCUGGAACCAGCGCUCCAAGCUGGUGUGGCAGAUGGUGUAG